AUGUUAGUUAGUCGAAAUCUAUUAGGAGUCGGAGUAUUAGGUGAUUCCAUAUAUGCUGUUGGUGGAUGUGACGGCCCCACUGCAUUAAAUAGUGUAGAGGUAUUUGAUGCGAGUAUUCAACAAUGGCGAAUGGUGUCUAGUAUUACAAAUGCAAGAAUGAAUUUCGGUGUUGGUGUACUCAAUAAUAAAUUAUAUGUGGUUGGAGGUGCUGAUAAAGAAAACAGUCUGAAAUCUGUGGAAUGUUAUGAUCCCACACUUGACACAUGGACAUCAGUGGUGGAAAUGUCUGUAUGCCGUUGUGGUGUUGGUGUAGGAGUUUUGGACGGUCUUAUGUAUGCUAUUGGUGGUUUUAAUGUAGAGUAUCUUAAAAGUGUUGAGGUGUACAUACCAAGUGAUGGAGUAUGGUCUUCUAUUGCCGAUAUGAAUUUGUGCCGAUUGAGGCCUGGAGUCGUCACAUUAGAUGGUUUAUUCAUCGACCGGACGUUCGAACAAACCGUCGAGGAGAAACGCUGGUGUGAAAUGUCCAUUUCCGCGGUUUUUACUGACAUACUGCACACCGAAGUGGACGAGAGGAUCUUCUGA